AUGACCUGGCGACUGUGGCUCUGGUGCUUCUGCGCUUGGGUGGCCGCCGGCUGGCCGCCAGGCAGCGCCCUUCAGCUCCGGCCAGGCAUGCCAAAUGUUUGCGAAGAAGAGCAGCUGACUGUGGUGGGACUACGACAGCCGUGUGUCCAAGCAUUCACACGCACCAUCAAGAUCUGGAAACAGCGUUGCACCAGCCCACGGUGGUGUGUGGGUUAUGAAAGAAGGACCCGAUACUACACCAUCUACAGACAGGCAUACAGCCUGGAGCAGCAAACCGUCUACAAGUGCUGCCCUGGUUGGAGCCGGUGGGACAAUGAGCCUGGCUGCCUAUGCUCUGUCUCUGCAGUGGGGACUUGUGUCCAUGGGAAGAGAUGCUCAGAGGGUGAAGUCCAGCGGUGCCAGUGUUCGGAGGGUUUUCAGGGACCCCACUGUCAAUAUGAUAUAAAUGAAUGUAGCGCUGACAAUGGUGGCUGUCAGGACCAGUGCUGUAAUACAAUUGGCAGUUAUUACUGCAAGUGUCAAGCUGGCCAGAAGCUGGAGGAAGAUGGCAGAGGAUGUAGAGAUGUCGAUGAAUGUGCGGUGUUGAAUGGAGGCUGCCAGCAGCGCUGUAUUAACACUCUGGGCACCUUCCACUGUGAAUGUGAUACGGGAUACAGACUCCAUGCUGAUGAACGCACCUGCAUAAAGAUGGACCCCUGCACGGGUGGGAAUGGAUGUGCCCACAUCUGUCAGAGCGAGAAUGGCAUGGCCAGGUGUGCCUGUCACCCAGGGUACCAACUGUCUGAAGACAAAAAGGCCUGUGCAGAUAUAAACGAGUGUGCUGAAAGGCUUGCUCCCUGCAGCCAUCGUUGUGUGAACACAGUGGGAUCUUUCACUUGUGCCUGCCAACCUGGUUUUGAGCUGGGAGCUGAUGGAAAACAGUGUUACAGGGUUGAAUUGGAAAUUGUCAGUAGCUGUGAAAAGAACAAUGGUGGUUGUUCCCAUCACUGUGAACAUGCAGUAGGUGGGCCCCGAUGCUCCUGUAACCAUGGAUACCGGCUCGAUUCAGAUGAGAAAACAUGCAUAGACCUUGAUGAGUGUGACACUGGAGAAGCCUGCUGUGCCCAGUUCUGCAUCAACUAUUCAGGAGGCUAUGAAUGCAGUUGUCGGGAAGGCUUUCAGAUCAGUUCUGAUGGUUGUGGAUGUGAUGCUUUAGAUGAUGAACUAGAGGAAGAAGAAGAAUUAGACAUUGUGAGGUUUCCGGGUCUUCUAUUCAAGAGCCCACCUCAACUGCUUCCUUAUGUGGCCACCUCUCUGCCUCUCUCCCAUGAAGAUGAAGACAAUGAGGAAGAGGGACAAGAUAUUCCAGGAGAACUGACUGAUUUGCACAGUGUUGUUUGUUUAGAUCACACCUUUGGACAGGACUGCAGUUUGAGCUGUGAGGACUGCAUGAAUGGAGGCCGAUGCCAGGAAGGAAAGAGUGGGUGUUCCUGUCCCGAUGGCUGGGGAGGCAUUCUUUGUAAUGAAACUCGUUCCCCAGAGACCAGUGUGAGAGAGUAUGAUGACAUCUGUGAUUGUCAGAAUGGAGGCACCUGUGACCCUCUGACUGGGCGAUGCAAGUGCCCCCCAGGGGUUCAUGGGAAAACCUGUGGAGACGGAUGCCCAAAAGGAUUCUUUGGGAAGAACUGCAAGAGGAAAUGUAACUGUGCCAACAAUGGCCAUUGCCACAGGGUAUAUGGAGCCUGUGUGUGCGAGCCAGGGCGCUAUGGGAGGUUUUGUCAUUUGAACUGUCCCAAGGGGGUCUACGGAGCUGGCUGCUCUUCAGAAUGUCAGUGCGUGGAGGAGAACACCCUGGAAUGCAGUGCCAGAAAUGGCAGUUGCACCUGCAAAUCUGGUUACCAAGGCAACAGAUGCCAGAGAGGUACAAUCGGAUGA